CACAUAGAAGAGAGGAGCUUGUAAAAGGAAGGAGUGAACUGCUCUAAACCCAUGCUGCCCUGGGUUGUGCAAUUGUUGGGUAUCCAUUUGGUUGGCAGUCUUGCUUCUUAGACCCCUUUCAGAGAUUUUUAUAAUGUAGUACAGUAAAAUAACACAAUGGUAAUCAGCAAAGCUGCAGUAGGAACUCUAGUCGAUGACCUAUGUGAAAAAGAGCAGCUACGUACCGCCAUGAAGGAGAGCGUCAGUGGUGGAUUAAUUGCUAGUGGAGCUGCAACUUUUGGUGGCCUGAUUGGUGGACCUAUUGGAGUGGCUGUGGGUGGUGCACUUGGGGGAAUAAUUGCAGCAAUUAUGUCAUCAGAUGGUUUCAAGAGUGUAUUUUCUCUCAUAAAAAGUGACAAGACUUCAGGCAUAAAGGAAACAAUAAUCAAUUCUGUUUGGAGGUUCCUGCAAAGCUUCAGUGUGGCAAGUGUGGCUGAAGGCUUAAAGUUGCUUCUUAGUCCAAAAAACUGGGGUAAACUUGUUGAAAUAGCAAUUCAGUGUUUCAUGGGUGCCAUUUUCAUAGUUGUCAAGAGGAUUUGCGACAAAUGGAAUGAACCCAAGAUGCUGAAAAAUUAAACAGAGAGAAUGCAUGGAGCAGGUCAAGAGUAUUUCUUCUUGAACCUGCUGUAAGAACCAUUCAUGAGGUCUUCAAAUUUUUCCACUCUCAGCUACUUGUAUGAAGGCAAAAGAAAGGCAAAUGCAAAAUAAUUAGAACCAAUUUGACAAUAAGGAAUCACACUAUUCUAGUUCUAGUACCAUCCGACUUACGACCUGCUCGACAUACGACCACUUGUACUUAUGACCAUAUGUCUGGCAGCAGGGCUGGGCAGGCCGAUGCAUACCACUGUACAACAGUUGACCACUACUCGCAGCAACUCGCCAUCUCGGGAGAGCUCUCACAUCACUCAGGCAGCAUCACUUUGAGUUACCCUGCCCUAUCAAUUGCAUCGUACUAUAUUAACUGUACUGUACUAUAUAUAUGUACCUGGACAGUAAAUUUCACCAUGACCCCUAAGAGGAAGCCUGAAUCUUGCACUCGAGCUUGUGGCAAGAAAGGCUCUUACUCUCAACCAAAAUCAUUACAAUAACUGUGAUGUUGAUAUACAGUAGUAAAAUAUUUAGUAAAAAAUAAAAUACAGUGGAACUUCUACUUACAAGUGCACCCACGUGCAAGUUUUUCCGGAUAUGAGCAGUCACUCGGUCGAUUUUUGCUUCCAGACACGAGCGAAAUUUCCAGGUGCGCGCCGGCCUCAAGGGAGGUUUCUUGACGCUGGUGAGGGGUUCUUGCUCUUAAUCUAGGGAAUUGGAUCUCAUUUGUUUGUUGGACUAUCUUAUUGAAACUUGGGCAAUGUAUGAUGGAAAGGUGCUUCUUAACGUACACCAAAAUUGAAAGAAAUCGGACCAUAAACAACAGAGUUCACUUCUCAGUCAUUAGCCGCCCCUUAGCAGUAUAUUUUCGUAUGGUUUUUAUGGUUGUAUUCUUGUUUUUUGGUCUCAUUUAUAGAAUGGAAGAUAUAUUACAGAAGUAGAUGAUUUUGAUUGAUUUCAUGACGAAAAGUACCUUGAAAUUGAGCUCAAAGUAGCAGAAAUGUUCGAUUUUUGCCAAUGUUCAAGAGUAAACAAUACCUGUUCGAGUGGCCAUUCCAAAUGCGCAGUCAUGAAAGGGUUGACAUUAUUUAUACAAUUAGUAUUACAAUAAUGCAGUAGUUUGCAUGAUAUUAAAUCUUCUAUUUUUUGUG